CUGGAGGGUAAACCUACUGACAAACAUCCAGAUCCAGUACCUGCUUUAUCAGUCGGAAGUAAAUUAACACCUAUCAGACCUCCGCCAGAGACGGCCUGAUUCAGAGCCACCAAGAAAGCGGAGAAAUGUGCUUUCAGAAAUUAACAACAGCAUCACUGAUGAAAAUGUCUACAGGGGUCAGUUAACUGAAACGCAAACUGGAACCAUUUACAAAUAAGUAUCACCACUAGACAUGCUGGCUUUAGCUGCUGAUAACCAGACCCUCCAAAGACAGCUUGACAUUGCAAGACAACAGUUAUCACAACAGAUUCUACAUAAUGAAGAGCUUAGAAGAGAAAAUAGCACACUGAAGAAAAAAGCUCAACCCUCAAAUACUAGUGUAACACUUAAAAAAGGUACUAUUUUCACUGUAGAAACUGUAAGAGACAGUCCAAUAAGGGACAAUUUCAAAUACUAUACUGGAUUUGUUUAUUUGCGGUUCAUGUGCAUUUUCAACUUACUUGUACCGAACAAAUUUGUAAUUCCUAUUCAGUUCUCUAAAACUAUAUCAAGCGUGAAGAACAUGAAAUUCCAGGACCAGUUUCUGCUUACAGUGAUCAAACUAAGACUUAACCUGCAGUUUAAGCAUUUGGGACAUUUAUUUGGCAUUUCCUCGCAAGAUGCCGGAGCUCUUUUUCAGAGAAUGGAUAAACUACAUGUUCUAUCGCUUUGGGUCAGUACCGCUGUGGCCAGGUAGAGUUAUUCAGGAAAAGAUGCCAAAAAAAUUCAGAGAAGAAUUCCCGGAUACCAUGAUAAUACUGGACGGCACAGAAAUCAAACUCCAACCGCUAUCAGCAUUAAGAACACAGAGUCAAUGUUACUCCGAUUAUAAGUCCUCAACAACACUGAAAGGUCUUGUUGAUGUAGACCCAAGAGGGUCUUUUACAAUUAUUUCUAUGCUGUUUUCAGGAUCUAUAUCUGAUAAAGAGAUCACAUCAGCAAGCGGACUUUUGGAAAUGUUUCAACAGCUGCUCGAUAGCGGUCGACUUAAACGAGGAGACGGUGUCAUGGUGGAUAAGGGUUUUUUAAUAAAAGAUGAAAUUGAAAAACUUGGACUUAAACUUCACAUUCCACCAUUUGCUCCUGGCUCAGGACAGUUGUCUCCAGGUGAUGUAGCAUUAACAAGGAAGAUUGCUGCCCACCGAGUUCAUGUUGAGAGAGCUAUUAGCAGAGCAAAAAAGUUUAAGAUAGUUGACAACAGAAUUGACCUGACACUUUUCCCAUGCAUAAAUCAGAUUUGGUUUUGCUGCUGCUUUCUAACUGGAUUCAUGCCCCUGUUGAUAACUGAAAAGAACUAACCUGGUGUGCUAGUGUACUGCCAACAUUCUGUGGGCCAUGGUCUGUGACAACUGUCUGGAAGGGUGUGCAUGCCAAAUAACUUAGUGGAGAGUCAUCUAGUGAAUGCAGUAACUGUAUAUCACUAUCUAGUAGGCUGAUUUUCCUGCAAUGUGAAAUAAAAAAUGUAUACACAAAUAUCAAAAGUUAUAUUGAGGUAAACAUAUGUAAUGUUCCUUAAAGGUAAAAAUGUUUGAUUACUGAAAAUUAUGCUUUCAAAGGUAUCAUAAAUUAAUUCUGGACUUGUAACUGUAUUCAAUAUUUGUUGUUUAUUUUUUACCCUGAAAUAAAGUAUGUUUAAUAUUAAAA